CACUGCGUGCAGUCCACCUCUUGCUGUUGGAGUGGUCUCCAGUCCGCUUGGCGUUCACAUAUACAUUCAAACCACGCAAUAGAUCACUUCAACCGAACCGAGACUUAACCACAUCAGAGUUCAAUUGUGUAUUCACAUUUCCCCAAACGAACCGGACUUUCUAGGCAAACGGACUGGAGUUGGAUUAAAACAGAGUAAACGAGGCUGGUUUGAAUGCGUCCUAAAUAUCUCAGGUCUUGUUCACAAAUGAGGGAAAAAUGGAGAAAAACAACUGAUAAAUUAGUACGUAUUGGUCUGUUGUGGUUAAGAGAAUAGAGCCGAAAGACGAAGCUCUCGGUUUAUCAGUUGACCAACAUUCCAACCCUCAUCUAUAAUCAUCAACUCUGGGUAGUGAUUAUAUCUGGUUUUACCUUUUCGCUAACGUUUGGCUAUGUAAUGAGCCAACUUGGUUGUGAAGACGCUAUGCUAUGAAGCUUACUGGAAACUUUGUGCACUGUGAGCAACUCCAUAGGAAGAGCCAUGACAUCUUUGCCAACAAUAAAAUUCAAAUGGUAAAGGUCAACUGAGUAAAGUUACCUUUGUUUAUUGUACUGUUGAGGUUAUAUGCUUUUAUUUUGGUAGCUUUCUUGUGAAUGUAGCCAUUCUGAAAAGUUAACAGCAAAAAAACUGAAAAAAGGAUCAAAAGCAACUCAAUUUUAGCUUCAGUCAUUUAUGGAAGAAGGUUACAUAAAGUGGGACUGAAGUAUGUUUGAGUGAAUGUUUAUGGAAAAACCUGCGAUUGCUAGUAUUAAUGAAAAGAACUGUACGAAUGCAAUGGGCUAUGCUCAACAACGGAUGGUGAAAACGAUUGUAGCUAUUGUUAUUUGUUCCUGGCUCGUAUGUUGGUUGAUGAUACGGAUGGCUUUAGUAAUUUGACAAAAAUGUCUUAAACAUUCAAACAUUUUGGAAGCAUUUUGAGUAAUUUGAUCAACGCGUCAGGAGGGAGGAGCUGUGGGUCGGUUUCUAAGCUAACUGUUUCUAAACACCGCCGUCUGUGAACCCCAACUGUUACGUUCACAGACAAAUUGGCUCGACUCGAACAAGUUCAGUCGCUCUGUUUAAUACUCCCGUCCCUCACUUCCGACAUUAAUAAGUGAUGUAGUUACAAAGGGUCAAUAUCUGACAAAAUAUGAUAUUCAUUGUAAAGAUUUGAUUAGCAAAAACAUGCUAAAAAUACUAAAAGGCUAAUUGGAUUCCAGUUGAGUAGGAACUUCUUUCUUCUGCACGUCUGACUAGAUGUUGAGCAACAGUUUGUUAAACCAACAGAUUGACCACAGAAAGCUUUGUAAUUGUCCUUUAAUUGUAGUUUUUACUGCAAAUGAUGAGGAGGUGAAAUUGUUGAAGCCAUCGCCAUAUUCUCGUUAAAGUCGCGUGCCAGUAAAACUUCCCCCUCCUCCUCCAGCGAUAACUCUCUGGAUUUUAUGUUCCUGUCACAAACCUAAUGGCUUGUCCAUUUAAAACACUGGGUAACCACGGCAACGCCAGCCCGCGUCACCGACUUUUUAACAGGUGAGACCAAAGUGCGAGUUGAAGAAGCACAUUUUGAGCGGCAUUAUGAGUGAGCGUGUAAUGGCGGCCGGUUAAACGAUGCACACAGUAGUGAGCAUGUUUUCCCUCCAGAGAGAGGAGCCGUCAUCAGCUGACCAGGAAGAUCAAUUACAUAAAUGAUAUUUUUAACGACGUCAUAAAAAGAUUAAUAAAUGUUGCGAUGAAAAAAAAAAUCAACAAGAAUGUUUGUGCUCAUAUGUAUCAUUAUUAGAGAAUUAUGCAAAUUUCUUCUGCAGUACAGGUUGGAAACAUUUUUUUAACAAGCAAAAUUUCCACUUUUAACACGUAUAACUUACAUUUUUAUCUUAAUAUUAUCUGUAUGUUGUGCAUUUAAAUGGCCGGCUUUCAUGUGAGUAAAAUGUCUGGAUACAUGUUUUAACUAAAAACGCAUAAGAUUCAGACACACAUUCAGAUAGUUUAUGUCAAAGUGAGACUUCUUGUUUAUUUCCAAUCUUUGUUGUUUUUUUCUGUCUGCUGAGUCUGUUGAACCAUUUUAAAUGCACGAUAAAACUUUAUAUCCUAUUCUAACACACAAUACACAAACAUUUUCUACUGAGACUGAGUGUGUGAUUGAAAAUAUUGUUUAGAAAAGUAUUUUGUAAUUAUUUGUAUUAAUUUAGUCCCUAAAAUGCCGGAAUUUGAACAUAACUUCAUAUUUUUGUUUGUUUACAUCACGUUUAACCUGAGUAAAAAUAUGUUGAAGUUCUUCUAGUCUUACUUUAGUGCAAUUUAUGGCUACAGAACUUAGUCAUUUCUCUGUUUUAUCAUUUUCACCUAAAUUACAGCAAAAUGAAACCAAACUGUGGACUUAAUCAUCUUUAUUUAAGAAAAAUCCUCUUCCAUUUUUUUAUGCAUGCAGACAUAUUCAUUAAAUUAGGAUAUACAUACGUUUCCAGAUUAAAAUAACCUUUAGGUAUUUUCCUUCAGACCAAAUUUCUACUCAUAUUUUUUAUUGAUUGUAAAAUUCUGACAGUAAUGUUACAUUUUCUGCCACUGUAAGCAGAAAAUCACUAAUUAAGAUAAAUAAAAACUUGUGAAUAACAGAUUGUGUGCAAUUCAUGCAUAUGACUUGUUUAAUUUAUGGACUGGGUUUGUUAAUGAGGCAGCUUGUGUUCUGUAUCUGCAGCUCCAUGUUGUUUUAAUGAUUUUAAAGAACUUUUCAGUUACUGCUUGCCUGGUUGUCCUUUAACUACACAGUUAGGCGUCUCUCCUCCAGACCGGAGCAGCUGGUCUCUCCGCUCAUGAAGCUUUAUUUCUCUGAGCUGUGGGCAUAAAAAGCAGAGAAGAGGAGUCGUCCCCUCACUUUCACCAUCUUCCUCUGGACCAGGAUCUAACCGCCGCGUUAUCCAACAUGGCGACGAUGACCUGCGACGCUCUGGCCACGGUCUGCUCCGGGCCGAACUGCCUCGUCCCUCCCAACAGCUUCAACGCCAUCCUGGGCGUGGUGCUGAGCACUGUGCUCACGGUGAUGCUGGCGCUGGUCAUGUUCUCCAUGGGCUGCACUGUGGACGCCUCCAAGCUGUGGGGCCACAUCAGGCGGCCCUGGGGCAUCUUCAUCGGCUUCCUCUGCCAGUUCGGCAUCAUGCCAUUCACGGCUUUUGCGCUGUCCUUGGCUUUCGGGGUGCUCCCGGUGCAGGCCAUCGUCAUCAUCGUCAUGGGCUGCUGUCCGGGAGGAUCCAGCUCCAACAUCAUCUGCUACUGGCUGGACGGAGACAUGGACCUGAGCAUCAGCAUGACGACCUGCUCCUCCAUCUUGGCUUUGGGCAUGAUGCCGCUCUGCCUGUUCGUUUACACCAGCGUCUGGACUUCCAGCGACACCAUAAAGAUCCCGUUCGACAGCAUCGGGAUCACACUCGCAGCCCUUCUUAUACCCAUUGCAGUCGGGAUUUUUGUGAAAACCAAGUGGCCUCAAUAUGCGAAAAAGAUCCUGAAGGUUGGUUCCAUCGCGGGUUUUGCUCUCAUCAUAAUCAUUGCCGUGGUUGGAGGCGUCCUCUACCAAUCCUCCUGGGUCAUUGCUCCCUCCUUGUGGAUAAUUGGAACCAUCUACCCCUUCAUUGGCUUUUUCCUUGGUUUCCUUUUGGCCCGGUUCGUGGGUCAGCCCUGGUACAGAUGUCGAACAAUUGCACUUGAAACUGGUUUCCAGAACUCCCAGUUGUGCAGCACCAUCGUCCAGUUGUCUUUUAGCCCUGCAGAGCUGGAGGUCAUGUUUGCCUUCCCCCUCAUCUACAGCAUCUUCCAGCUGGCUGCGGCCGUCUGUGCUGUGAGCGCCUAUCAAGCGUACAAGAAGUGUUGUGGAAAAGGUGGCGGCGCAGACGAUGAGCCCAGAAGAGAAGAAGACGAGUUUAAAAAGACGAGCUACGAUCUGGAUAACAAAGCCUUCGAUUCCAACGAACUGAAGGGAACCUACUACAUAAACCAGUGAGACUCCAACAUGCUGCAGAAAUCUUUAGACCUCCUGAAGACGCUACUAUCACUGGACUGUGAACACACACCGCCCCCUAGAGGUUGAAAUGCGUGAUGCAAAGGAAAAAUGCAACAGUUAGACGGUGCGUGGCGCCCCUGACUGACCCAGUCUUUGUUUGAGCUUGAUGUCCUGCUUUCUUUUAAUUUAUUCAUGUAGAUAUUUAAAAACAGCUCCAGCUACACUGCAAAACCUACAUUUUACCAAGUAUUUUCUAGUGCAAAUACCUUAGUACACUUGAAAUAAGACAAAACUAACCUACAAAUAACUUUCAAGCAAGAUAUAGGAAUAUGUUUUGGAAAUAAAUAAAAAAUAUUUCCUUAGUAUUAAUAAAAAAUUUGCUAGUUUUUUUAUUAAUACUAAGGGAAAAACUAGUAUUAACAAAACUUUAAUGAAUAUUAAGGAAUUAUUUACUUAAAACAUAAAUAUAUCUUGCCAAAAAGUUACGCGUAAGAUAGUUUUGUGUACUAAGGUACUGAACUAGAAAUUAGACAAAAAUACUUGGUGAAAUUUUGUGUUUUUUGCUUUGAAAUUUUCUAUUUUAUAGUUCAGUAGCUAAAUAUUCAGAGAAGAUUUAUCCUGAUAUAUUGGAACUUAAUAGGACAAUGAGAUGAUUGUACAAAAUGUAGCUUAUCAACUGUUUGCUCAGAGAAAUUGUGAAUUUGUUGUCAUAAAAAUCUAUUUUUGUUGUAUUGCUCCUGUUUUGAUAUGAAUGUAAGAUCUUAAUAAACUUCUUUAUCUAAACAUUGA